AUGGAAAUCGAUGUUACACAAACUCCAACUGGUAUCAAUUACCCCGUCUUGGAAGGAGGUUCGGAAUCAAGUUUAGUUCAUCACCUUCCAACAUUUUUUGGAUUGGAAAAUGAAGACCCUCAUAAACAUUUGAAGAUGUUUCACAUUAUUUGCAAUAGCAUGAAGCCACAAGGGUCAACCGAUGACAAAAUCAAAUUAAGGGCAUUCCCCUUUUCAUUGGUCGAUAGAGCAAAUGAUUGGUUAUUCUAUCUUUCACCGGAGUCAAUUAACUCAUGGGUUGAUAUGGCAAGAGCUUUUCUUGAUAAUUUCUAUCCCGCUUCAAGACUCCCAAGUCUUAGCAAUGAAAUUUGUCGUAUCUGCCAAGGUCAAAAUGAGAAUUUCCAUGAUUAUUGGGAGAGGUUCAACAACUUAUGCUAUAAUUGUCCAAAACAUCAAAUUCCGGAACAAUUCCUCAUUCAACACUUUUAUGAAGGAUUAUUACCAAUUGAGAGAAGACUAGUUAAUGCCUCAAGUGGUGAAGAUGUCUUUAGAAAAACUCCACAACAAACAAGACAACUCUUUAACACCAUAGUCGCAAACUCCCAACACUUUGUCCUGCGCCAGGACAUGAAAAAAGACACACAACACAAAGUCAAUGAAGUGGUGACAUCGAGCCUAGAGUCUCAAAUCAAAGAUUUAACAUCCUUUGUCCAAAAGUUAGCCAUGGGACAAACUCCACAAGUGAUGGUUUGUGGAAUAUGUGUAACAAUGGGACAUCCUACGAAUAUGUGUCCCAUCCUCCAAGAAGACACGAAGCAUGUGAAUGCCACGAGAGAGUUCCAAAACUACCACAACAAACCGUCCGACUAUCAAAAUGCAUUGGUUAGACCUUCCUACCCACCACAACAACCCCAUUACCAAUAUUCACAAGCUCACUAUCAACCCAAACCACACCUUCCACAUCACCAACAACCUCCUCAAUCCCAACCGAGUAGCUCCGGGAUGUCUCUUGAAGACAUUGACAAGUCUCUUGCCACUAGUACCCAACAACUCCAAAAGGAGAGACAAGGACUAGUAUCUCCAACGUUGAAGCACAAAUAG